UUAUGUAUAACUAGGUAAAUUUUGAUUCUGCGUUAUACAGUGACAAGUCAAGAUAUGUAAACUGUUGCGCUUAAUGUUUGUUCAAAUUGUAGCUGAUUGUAUAUUUGUCAUGUGUAGACCCGGCUAUUCCAUAUGAUUUUUUGUUUGUGUUCUUGUGUGUGCGUUUUUUUCUCUCUUUCUUACCGAUAUUCCGAUUAAUAGAAGCUUGUUUUUUUUCGGUUUGUGGUGUUUUCUUUGAAAAUUUUGAUCCAUUGGAAAUAUGGUCUCGAAAGAAGCAUUCGUGAACAUCAUAACUGGGGAUAUCAGACUUUGUGAAUCCCUUUACGACAUAUUGCCUGGGAUAAUCGGUUUCUCUUCGCUGGUUAACGGGAUGGCGGUCGCUUGGCCUUCGACGGCUUUGAUCAAGUUCAGGAGGCACGAAGCCGACUACUUCCUCACCCCUAAGCAACGCUCCUGGGCUGUUUCGUUCAGCUACUUGAGCCAGAUCCUGAUAGUUGUACCGACGGCCCUCAUGCAGGACCGAUACGGUAAAAAGAAACUCCUCCUCAUUUUCUACUGGAUGCACUUCGUCGUCUGGGGGAUAAUCUGCCACUACAGGUCCCACUCCGGUUUCAUCCUCUCGCAGAUCCUGGCCGGGAUCAAUUUCGGUUUCUCGAUACUCAACGGGCCGACUUUCCUCGCCGAGCUGACCAACCCGGUGAAGAGAGGGAGGUCGGCCUCCAUCCUAAACGCCUUCUUUCUACUAGGCACCAUCAUCGAGACGGUCAUCAGCACUGCGUUGGACUACAAGACCCAGGCGUUCAUCUCCGGUGGAAUAGCAGCAGCUCUCUACCCGUUCCUUUUCUCGGUACCGGAGAGUCCUUAUUUCCUCAUAAGGUCGGGCAACGUCGACCAGGCCAUCUACGAAAUGGGGAGGAUGAGGGGUGUCAAACUACGACAGGAAGAGGUGAACGCUAUAAUGAAAGUAUCAGUUGGAAAGGGCGUGUCCUAUUGCGACAUUCUCGUCGACCCGGCGAUCAGAUAUUCAAUGAUGAGGGGCUUACUGCUCACCUUCAUACAGAGGGGGUCAAGCUACACUCCCCUUCUCGUCUACCCUGCCCAGCUCCUCCCGGCCAGCUUCAUACGGGCCAAGUACAUCCCUUGCAUACUCAACAGCUGCAUAUUCGCCGGGAUAUGUAUAUCGGGGAGCCUCGUCGACCUGUUCGGCAGGAAGAGUUUCAUGAUAGUCUCGACUCUCGGCACGAUGGUAUUCCAGGCGGCGCUUUCUUGGUGGUUCUGGGCCCACGAGUACGACCUAUACGACAACCGAGCACCCCAGCUACCCCUUCUCAUCUUCAUGGUCCACAAUUUCAUGUACGGGAUCGGACUGUUCUGGAUACCGGGCCUAGUCACGAACGAACUCCUCCCGGUCAGGAUAAGAGCCAAAGCGCUGAGCAUGAUACUCGUUUUCGGCGGUAUAUGCAGCUUCGUCUACAUCAAGAUAUUCAUAAUGAUAUGGAAGUCGAUCGGGGUUUACUGCAACUUCACCCUGUACCUAUUGGCGACCAUGGUCGGUUUCACAUACUCAUGGUUCAUGCUCGAGACUAAGAACAAAACCCUAGACCAGAUACAGCAGCAGCUUGCUAAGAAGCACAAGAGGGUUUCUAUCGAAUCAACGAACACGGAGAUGUCCGACCAGAUAGAAAUGGGAAAUUGGGGCCAAAGUGCGACCAAGCACAAUUAUCAGAUGCAAUCGGGACAGAAGAAAUGACAACCGACUAUCCCAAGACAAUUCAGCUGCUAAAAAAAGCCCCCCCCCAAAAAAAAAAAAAAAUCUCAA